AUCAGAAUGCUUUAUUCUUCUCAAAUAAGAGAUUUAUUAAUUCGAGAAAAAGUAUCUGUCUUUUUAAAUUUCUUAGUCUAAACCAAUAAAUCAAUUGAAUGAAUUCUAUUAGAAUGAUUCGUAAGGCAUAUGUAGAAGAGAUAUUCUCGUUUAAUGGAUUGUUGCCGUAUCUAUAUUCAAUUAUAAUUAGUAAGCUUCGUAAUUUAGACAUUCUCUAAAAACUAUAGAACUGGCAGUCAUAUAUAUUGAUUCUUAUCUUAAUUAUUUUAAGAUAACUUAGGAAUACCUACAGUUACUAGGAAUUUCAGCUUAUUCUUUAGCAACUAAAGUAAAAAUGGAAACAAAUUAUAGUUUAAUGAAACAGAAACUGUGAGUUAGAUUAAUUUAUAUGAUUCUAAUGGUCAGAAUCUAUACUAGAAGAGAGAGUACGAUGAAAUGGAAGAGUAGAUAAUCAAAGUUAUGGGGUUUCAACUAAACUACAUUACCUCAUCAGAUUAUCUAUUGGCAAUGAAUAUUGAAAUAAAUGAAAAUGUCUAGAGUUUAUUAAUGUUUAUUCUCCUAGGUAAUAUUUUUAAUUAAUGUAGAUUUCGAUAUUUACAAACAUUCUCAUAUAGAACUUGCUCUAGCAAUUGUUGCAUAUCUUCAGGAACAUUCAAUCUAAUUUACUGAGAGGAUUCUUAAACUAUCCAAAAAUAUACAUAAUAAAAUACUCAAGGCUUAAGAAAUAGAAAUAGGUAAAUAAGAAAAUGAAGAUUCUAAAAGUAAAUUAAGAAAUUAAAAAAUAAACAAAAAGAUUACCAAAAACAAAGAUUUACCUCAUUAAAGGACUCCAAAACAAAAGAUUUGA